AUGAAUUCACAUCCAACAGUCAGAUUUAAUGAUCCUCUGGCGACUGAGUAUUAUUCAAUGGACAUAGAUGAUUCAACACAGUCCCGGACAUCAACAGAUGAUUUAUACCUUGGGCCGGAUGAUGAAAUAGAAGAUGGUUCCGUGUCGUUCAGUGGUCCGGGCGUGUUGGCUGCAAUCCCCGGCGGAUACCUUCGGAUCUCCCCCUAUAGCACGUGCAUCCGUCGCAUCCGUCCUGUCCACGUCCAUUCUACCUCAUUGUACAUCGACCCGGACUUGUACCUUGGGCCUGAUGAGGAUCUGAUUGAUUGUGAUGAUGAGCCAGGCUCUGUCUAUGCAUGGUUGAAUGAGAGACCCACCAAAUGCGAUCCAGCACAUCCAGAGGUCACAAAUGAAUAUUUGCAUGUGAUGGUUCGUGAGUUCCAGCCAAUAGGGUCAUUCGAACACUCCGGAUUGCAAUCCCUUCAAGAUAGACUCAGCAGCUACAAACAAGAUAAUGGAGGUCUUCCGGCCCCUUCCAUACCACUACUCAUCGAGGCUGAGCGACCAUUUUGA